AAGAAGAAAAAGACAUAUUUUGUACAAAAAAACAACAGAUAUUACAAUUACGAUUAAUCUCGCUUUUUGUAUUGUUAACAGAAAAAAAAAGUUUUUAUGAAAAAAGAAUAAGUAUAUUUCAAAACUGCGUCGAGUUUCUACUGUAACAUUAUUAGUUUGUUAUAUCGAUUAACAAAUAGGAAUGUAUAGAAUUCUUCAUAACGAGGACGUAUGUACCAAGUAGAUGUAUAAUUACAAAAAUAAAAACCAUGUGUAUGUUGUACAUUAUUUUCUGAUCCUUACGUUACAUACGAUAUCAAGCAUUUUUAACAGUAUGGUUAUCUGUAUAAUGAAAGAUUACGUUGUACAAUAAAUACUUUCGUAGAAAAUCAUUCUCAUAUGAUACAUUUAUGUGAAGUACAAGACGCGAUAUGCGAACUGUCGAACGAUCGUAGUAAAGUCAAUUUGUAUGAAAUUGAAAUUAUAACCACACGUAUUCUAACCUCACACCUGUCAUCCAAUUUAUCGUCAAAAUGAUGCAACAAUACAUGAAGGAAUUAGAACAGGAUCCUUUUGAUCCUGAGGAAUUUGUCGAAAGACUCGCCUGGAGAACAGUUAAUGAUACUACAAAGGAUGGCGGUAAAACGUUUUUCGAUCCCAUGAUAGUGCAUGAAACGUUUCUACAAGCUAUAAAAGAUCUACAGAUUCUACAAGAACGCCAACAGAAAAAAUGUGAUAAGCUUGAAGCGGCAUUAAAAGAUGAAGAGGCUAGACACACACUUGAAAUUCUUGAGUUACAAGAGAGAAAUAAACAUUCUAUCGAUUUGUUUCAUCAACUGGAUGAGAGAAUAAAUCUUGUUGCUACUAAAGUUUUGCAUUUGGGAGAUCAGUUGGAAAGCGUUAACACUCCGAGAGCUAGGGCUGUUGAAGCUCAGAAAUUGAUGAGACAUUUCUCAGAUUUUUUAAGCCCUGGACCAUUAACAGAUCCAAUCUUCACAGAUAAGUCAUCGCUAGAUGAAGCAGCAGAUGUGAUUCAAAAACUGCACCUAAUUUCUCAAGAAUUACCUUCAGAGAAAUUCGAACAUGCAAAGAAAAAGAUUGCUGUUAAAUAUGACGAAAUUGAAAGAAAUCUUAUAGAAGAAUUUGUUAGGGCACAUAAUAGAGAAGAUGCUAAUCGUAUGAGAGAAUUAGCAUCUGUCUUAGCUCACUUCAAAGGAUAUUCUCAGUGCAUAGAUGCAUUUAUAGAACAGAGUCAGAUGGGUUCCUUUGGUGGAAAAGACGUUUUUCAGGAUGUGAUACCUAUGUGUACAAAGUACCAUAAAUUAAUGCAACAAGUAUUUACAAAUCCUGAACAAGUGAUGGCAAAAUUUGUGUUGAAUAUCUAUCAUCUGAGACUUCAAAAAUACGCUGUUGCUAAAUUGGCAGACAAAACUGACCCUGAUAAGUACCUCAGGAACUUGUAUGAUUUGUACACGAGAACCGUAAAAUUAUCGAGUGAAUUGAAAGUAUUCAAUAUGGGUACCGAUGGCAUGUAUCUCGUGAAACUCACUAGAAACAUUUUUCAAAAAUAUUUGGAUACUUAUAUCACCAUCGAAACAAAAGCAUUACGAGAAAAGUCGGCAGCUCUUCUUAUCGAGUAUUACGAAUCUAAAAAUCAUCAAAAGAAACAACUGCAAACUGGUGGCUUCCAAGAAUUGCGGAGAGAUUUGCAAGCGGUUCUAGGUGCAAGAACUAAUAUAAAUAUUGCUCAGAUAGAGAAUUAUGGCGGAGAGACGUUUCUAUCCGAAGAACUUGCGAUCGCUUUAUUACAAAGAAGUAAACUGGCGUUUCAAAGAUGCCAGUUGUUAUCGAAAGCUGAAGAAAUACCAAUAAAUGCGCUUCAAAUUCUGGAAAUUUUAUUGCAAUACUUAAUAAGCGAGCACGUUGAUUACGCGUUAGAAUUAGGUUUACAAAGUGUACCAAUUCCUGAAAGUCGAACACAACCUGAAAUACACUUUUUCAAUGUUGUACGCCAAUGCAAUGCAAUUGUACGCCUUCUAGACGAACAGUUUAACGACAGUCUUAUACCCCUUAUCACAUCGACACCGAAGCAUGGAGAAUGUAUGUUGAAAAAGAAAGUUGUGUUAGAUCAAGUCGAUACGAAACUAGAAACGGGGUUAGACAGAAGUAUAAACGCUAUUGUUGGUUGGGUAAAAGUAUACCUACAAAACGAACAACGUAAGACUGACUUUAAACCAGAAACUGAUGUCGAUACUUUGAAUACUCCAGCUUGUUUGACGGUAGUUCAGUAUGUCACUGGAAUGAUUCGACACAUUCGAAAUACAUUGGACGGAAAAAAUUUAAAUAAUGUUCUUACGGAACUCGGUAUCCGAUUCUAUAAAACUAUCUACGAUCAUCUCCAGCAAUUUCAAUUUAAUUCUGCUGGCGCGAUGUGUGCGAUAUGCGAUAUGAACGAGUAUCGUAAAUGCGUCAAGGAACUCGAAAUCGAUCGUGUUACUUCUCUGUUCGAUACUUUACAUGCUCUGUGUAACUUGUUAUUGGUUAAACCAGAAAACUUGAAACAAGUGUGUACGGGCGAUCAAUUGGCAACAUUGGAUCGAAAUGUUUUGUUGAAUUUUAUACAAUUGAGAACCGAUUACAAAACACAAAAGUUAGCAAAUUGCUUGAAAGGUUUAGCUACAUGAUACUUUCUUACUCUUUGUAGCAAUACUCGUGUAUUACUCGUUAGCAUGUGAAGUGUAUUAUGCAGAAUGGAGUAACUAAAUGUACAGUCCAGCGAUAGCAUUGCAUAACAGAGGCUUAACAAGUGAGUGUUGUUUCAGGUCUAAUAAUAAUGCUCCAUUACCUGGUCAGUUGUACAAAAUGUCACUAAAAAGUGCUUUGUAGCUAAUGAUAAAUACUUGAAGGGUAGCAAUGUCUUUAAUUUUUUAAGGGUUUGAUUAUAUAUGAGAAGAAAGAUAAUUAAAUUUUCUUUCUUUUCAUAAUUAUUUAAUAAACAUUAUAUAUAUUUGUAGCAAACGUAUUAAUUUUAUUGUUAUAUAAGGUGGUCAUAAAGAAUUGCAGUUUUUUUUUCAAUGAACGGUCUUCUUACUUUAAGAGAAAUUGAUAUAUACAGACGGUAACUAAGUAUAAAAUUCAUUGUAUCAAAUCGUUUUCAUGUUAUUACUUUUUUUUUUGAUUUCGUUAUUCCUAAUAUAAAUUGAUAUCAGACAAUUAUUUGCCCUAAAAUUUGGUAACAUAUUUCGAAAUAUUACAUACCACUCUUUGAUUAAAGCAUAUUUCUCUCUGUUAUACUAAAUCCUGCAGUUUAUCUCUACAAUGUUGCGAUGGAGUACCUUCCUUUUUAAAUGUAUUUCACGCAUAUAUAAGUUUAUAUUUUGUUUUUUUUUUAACUUAACGAAUAUUUUCAUUAAUUGAACUGUCUUGCAAUCGAAGUAUUACUAUUAAAUUAAAAAAAGAAAUGAAAAUAUUAAAAUACUGUAUCUUAAUGACUGUAUGGAAAAUAAAUUUUACAAUAUAAAUUUAAUAUUGUAAAAUUAAUUGCUAGUUGGAACUAAACUAAACCAAAGAUGUUAUUUAAUAUUAUCUACGUAAUGUUUUUAUUUACAUCCAUACUCAAAACAAACACAAUUGCUUAUUUAGAAUACGAUACAAAGUAAAAUUUAUAUGCUUCAAAGAACAGAUCGUUGUCUAUGCAAAUACGGAACAUAUAUUCAUAUUUAAAACUCAUCGAAUUUUCGUAAUAAAUUUAAUCAUUUUCACCGUUAUUGUAAUUUGCCAAUUUAGAAAAAUAUAGUACACAUUUACAUUUACUAUAAACAGAUUUGAUAACGCAAUUCGAAGCAAUGUUAAGAUGUAAAUUUACGUGCAAAUUAUU